GGCCUAUUCUGAUUACGCACCAACCGGGGAGGGGGGCCGCGCCGAUGUCCUCUCUGGUGCACUCAGCCAACCCCUGCUGUUGUAAGGUAAAGCGGCUGGUAUCCUGGUGUACCGUUGUUGGAGGAUCCCGCUGAAAGAAGCCCGGUUCUCAGACGUCGGAGCCUCCAGAUCCGCUCGUUUUGCCCCCCCUGCAUCGGAGAGACACUUCGCGCCCACAUUACGCAUGGAAUGGUUUUGGGGGGAUUGGAGUAGAAAUGCAGCGCCGCACUUCCAGCCCACAACAAGAACCAUGCCCAGCUUACACUGCAAGCAAAUCUAUGGCAUCCUGCUUUAUCCUUUACGACUUUGAUAUGAGAGAGAUUUGCUCGGAUACCGACGAGGAGUGAAGACAACCGAAACACGCCGCGCACGCCGACUGAUUUUUUUCGCCGCAGACGCUUGUGUACCGAAAAAAACCCUGCAUUUAGGAUUUCUUUGAUGGAGCUGGAGAACAUAGUAGCCAACACUGUACUGCUAAAAGCCAGAGAGGGUGGAGGAGGAAAGCGGAAAGGAAGGAGCAAAAAAUGGAAGGAGAUCCUUCGCUUUCCCCAUAUAAGCCAGUGUACUGAACCUGGAAGCAGUAUCGACAGGGACUAUGUCAGCAUCUGUGAGAAACAGCCUAUCGGACGGCUUCUCUUCCGUCUUUACUGUGAGACAAGACCUAAACUGCAACGAUGCAUCCAGCUACUGGACGCGAUGGACGACUAUGAGGUGACACCCGAUGAUAAAAGAAAAAGCAGAGGGGACCAGAUCAUCAAGACCUUUCUUUCUAAACAAUCACCUCAGCGUGUAGACAUAGCAGAGGUUUUUGCAGACCAGUGCAGAGAGAACCUCGAGCUCAGUCCAUGUAAGGAGAUCUUCAGCAACUGCCGCAAGGCCGUCCACGACUACCUGAGCGGAGCGCCGUUCUUAGACUACCAGAACUGCAUGUACUUUGACCGCUUUCUGCAGUGGAAGAUGCUGGAAAGGCAACCAAUCACUAAAGACACAUUCAGACAGUACCGAGUACUGGGGAAGGGGGGAUUCGGAGAGGUGUGCGCCUGCCAGGUCAGAGCGACGGGGAAGAUGUACGCCUGCAAGAAGCUGGAGAAGAAGAGGAUCAAGAAGAGGAAAGGAGAGUCCAUGGCUCUCAACGAGAAGCAGAUUUUAGAAAAAGUCAACAGUAGAUUUGUUGUAAGCUUAGCGUACGCGUACGAGACCAAAGACGCUCUGUGUCUGGUGCUGACCAUCAUGAACGGCGGCGACCUGAAGUUUCACAUCUACAACAUGGGCACGCCGGGCUUCGAGAAAGACAGGGUCCAGUUUUACGCUGCUCAAAUCUGCUGUGGACUUGAGCAUUUGCACAGGGAAUCUAUUGUCUACAGGGAUUUGAAACCGGAGAACAUCCUGUUAGAUGACAAUGGACACAUUCGUAUUUCUGACUUGGGGCUAGCCAUCAAAGUGCCUGACGGAGAGCUCAUCAGAGGCAGGGUGGGGACUGUAGGCUACAUGGCUCCAGAGGUGAUAAACAAUGAAAAGUAUGCCAUGAGUCCUGACUGGUGGGGGCUCGGCUGUCUCGUUUACGAGAUGACGGCCGGGCGGUCGCCCUUCCGCGCCCGCAAAGAGCGAGUCAAGCGGGAGGAGGUGGAGAGGAGGGUGCAGGAGGAAGAGGAGGAGUACAACGACAAGUUUACAGAGGACGCCAAGGCCAUCUGUAGAAUGCUGCUCACCAAAGACCCUAAGCAGAGGCUGGGGUGCAAGGCGGACGGAGCAGCGGGCGUCAAGGCCCACUCGUUCUUCAAAAACAUCAACUUCAAGAGGAUGGAGGCUGGGAUAGUGGAUCCUCCCUUUGUGCCUGAUCCUCGGGCAGUGUACUGUAAGGAUGUUUUGGACAUAGAGCAGUUCUCCACAGUUAAGGGAGUAAAUUUGGACCAAACUGACAACGACUUCUACUCCAAAUUUGCUACAGGCAGUGUUUCCAUCCCAUGGCAGAAUGAGAUGAUAGAAACCGAGUGUUUCAGAGAUUUGAAUGUGUUCGGGCCUCAAGGGACGAGACCCCCAGAUUUGGACUGGAAUCAGCCGCCGGAGCCGCCCAGACGCAGCCUGCUGGACAGGAUCUUCAGGAGGCAUCACCCAGAGGUGUCUAUUUCCAACAGCCGUGUGCAGUCUUCCAGUGUAAACUCUGUGGACUCCAUGUCCAACUCUGCCCCCUAGUGGCACCGUGACAGUGUGGGAACCACACACACAAAGGGAAGGAGCUCCGAAGGGGGGCUUCCCCGCUGCUGAUUGGUCCACAGCUGGGGCCUGAGCAGCAGCCGGAGACAGCCUGUCUAAAAGCCUAAACGGUCAGCCCAUCGGGGAGGGAGGGGGGGGGUGACCAGGCCCUGAGACCCUGGGCAUUUCUAGUAGGAUGGUCAAUGUUGCCGAGACGUUUGGAAAUAUUCAGACAAACCUUACUUACCCUCAGGAUUGUUGGACUAUAGAGCAGAGCCACUGACGUUGAUGAAACCAGAAAAGGAUAGAAAACAAGCUAAUAUUCAGGGGAUCCACUGUAUAAUAAAGACCACCACAGGGAAUAGAAGAUGGGGUCUUGGUGAAUUUUUAUUUGUUGUUGAUUUUCCAGAAAAGGAAUUUCUUUUUUCUUUCAGUCAUUUUCAGUCUUGUACUUUCUGGCCUGUAUCUUGUACCAGUAUCUAUCAUCUAUCUGCAUCCCCCAAAGUGUCACCAUCUGCACAAGUCAUACUCUUCUUAACUUAUUCUUUCUCUGUACUUCACCUCCCAUACCUCAGAUCACUCCUAAACAUUCAGAACACAUCACCUCAGCAACCUCAACACAUGAUGUACAUUGCCUUGCAUACACUCAGGCCAAAGAUUAGUUUUGUGAUACUGUUGUCAUGUUGAAUUAUUGGUUUUUGAAGGUUUUUAGCUGUUUAGAACCACAGGAGGAUCAGAAUGUGUGAUCCGUUUUAUACACUUUCUCUAAAUAUGAGCCUGCAGACAUAUCAUAUCGCUUAAAGCACACAUGCAUACAGUACAUACACAAUCAAAUAGACGCACACACUCAGAGUUGUGAGAAUCGUGUUGUGUUUUCAUUGCAUGGACAAGUGUAAGUAUGGACAGCUGUAUCCCUUUCGCUUCUGCAUACCUCAUUCCACAUCGUAUACACACAGAAGUCUCCCUCGGUUUACAGUGUCACUUUAUAUUAGACAUUAUGUGGAGUUUAAACUAAUUAAUAUGCUGUACAGAAUCAGAAAUCUUCUUUUUGUUUUUUUUUGUUUUGCUCAGUUUUCUGCACAGUCCCCCAUGGAGCGGAGAGGAACACAUGCACUCAGCCUGACUUACAAGUUGCACAAUUUCAAACAAUGUCAUGCUGUUUUGUUACCAAAAGAAAAUGUUUUACCUCUAAUCAUUAAGGCACAUUGUUGUAUUGAUAUUGUCAAAUGAAAUGCCGCUUGUUUUUUUGUUUGUUUUUUUUACAUCCAAAACUAAAGUGUUCUUGUUCUCCUUAUGCCUUUUUUCCAUGUAAAAGAUAUUGCUGCAUAGCCAUUGUUGUCUCAUGUACAGGUUUUUUAUAUUUUGCCCCUUUACUCUUAACAUGUCCUUCAGAAUGCCUCACAAAUCUAAAGGGUCUUCCUCUUGUUUUGUGUCCAACUGUAAUCAAAUCACACAGGGUAUGUGAAAGGUUUUUCUUAUCUGAAUUUUCUUGAAUCAGUCCAGUUCAUUUAUGUGAGAGCGGAGGAGGAGAGGAAGACGCCGGAAGAUCUCGCAAGCACCACACAAAGAAGUGGCCUUCUCGCAGCAGCACAGCCAAUUCAAAGGGAGGAGGAGCUCGGUCUCUUCUGCUUGUUUUAAGAAUGUGGUAUUUUCCCGAUUUGAGGUAGUGAAAGCUGGUCCAUGCAGUAAUUUUAAUUGAUCUCACACAAGCCUGUUUUUUCUCUCUCUACGUACUUGAUAUGACAAAAAAAAAAAAAUCUUAAUCAGACUGAAGUGCCUCCUUGUUAGUAUGAUCUCCCAGACAAUGCCCACACAGACAUCAGCACUUUGUUUAUCCUCUGACUGUCAUGCUCUGUUUGCUUCGCUGGGGAACGCGUCAACACAAAAACACACAGACUCACAACGGUUUGUUGGAAGUGAAGGGAAGGAGGAGCAAAGGAUGGCAGGGUGGGAGUCGACGAGGGAGUUUUCCUUCUUAAUGUGAUGUACAGCAAAGUGCUGAGUGCAUGUGAAAGCCAAACCCACUGUGUCCUUCAAGUCCCAAUAAACUCUGUACUAUAGUUUGAGUA